AUGGCUUCUCGAGAUACAGCUUUACAGAGCUCGAUUGCCUUUCUUCAAAUUCAGAAAAAUGCGAAUUUAAAGAGAUCUACCUCGAUGAGUGAAGAUGUGUUCCGAAUUUUUCGUCAGACAGGGCGACGAAUUUCUUUGAUUCAGCAACAGGUGGAGAGGGAGCGAUGUUCUUACUUAAAGGAGUCCUACACGGAAAAAAACCAGCUUUAUAAAGAACUCGCGCAUAUUUUCCAUUCCAAGAGAGCAAUCAGGGCUCAACAAGGGACAGAUGUUCUGUCCUCGACAUCCGCUCCUCAAAAGAAACAUUCACAAGCUAGUUUUGGGGAGAAAUCAAAAGAGGCAGAUCUUGGCAAUGGUCACAAAUGCAAGUCCGUGAAGGAACUUCGUUCGAUUAAUGUUAACGUAUUAAAAAGAUGCGAGUGUUGUCGCCGUAAGGCUUUUCGAACCAUUGAGGAAAAUGAUGACGACGAAGAUAUUUUUGAUGAAGAAGCUUUCCAAUACGAGAGUCAGUUGCAAACGCUCGAUGACAAGUCAAGCGACAAGGCGAAAACUAAAGCAGGCAGAAAGAUAAGCCAGAGUUCUAGGUCUUCAAACGAAAAGAAUGAACGUAAAUUGGGUAAAAAGAAGACUGCACUGGUGCAGUUUAGUAGGUAUGACGAUAUUCGAAUGCCAGCUGCCACUCAGAGAGUUAAGGCAGGAAUAUGGGCUUUGAAAAAGCAGAAUGUUGGGCCUGAUGAUCAGAAAAAACAAAGUAAGGCCGUGCGUUUUGGAGGAAAUGAUUCGACGGUGGAAAGUCCUUCAGUUCAAAGAAAGACCUCGUCUGAUACUCCUGCUUCGACUGCGAGACCAACACUUAAAUCCCGAGCGAGUAUAAAAUUGGAAAGUCAGAACAACAAAGGUGACAAGCUACACCUUGAUGGUAACGCAUGGUCCACUCAUGUACAAGACAUUCAUGAGAAAAAGAACAACAAUAACAAUGCAAUUAGCGGCUUGUCGAAGGCGUAUUGCGCGUUUAAAAAGCUCCUUAACAAGAUGGAGGAUGAAUAUCAGGCAAAGCAAGUGAAAGAGGACGAAAUGAGGCCUGAAAGUCGAAUUGAACUACCAGGUAGUCGACCAGUUUCGAACAUAUCAGGGAGCGAUUCAAGAUGGGCCCCUUUGCGUCGAAGUUCAGACUCGCUUUCUGUUCGUUUGAACACAUGGACAACGGGAAGCCUCGAGCCCACCUCCAUGAACAGCUUCGAGGAAAAUUGCGAGGAAGAAGUCCGGGAAGGGAAAGGCGAGAGUGUGAACAUUGGGGAGGAUGAGAAAGAUGAUGGUUCCUUACAUGAAGUGUACAUUAUGCAACACCGUUAG